AUGAGGUUCGAGAAGAUAUCGAAACCCAACGAGGUCGUCAUCCGCAACGUCUCGAGGUUCUUGUACCAGGCUGAGGCCUUGUUUGGUGGGAUCAUUUUGGGUAUUGUCAGCUGGUUCCUCGCCCACUGGCAGGACACCGAAAAAUACCCCGGCGCACGUCUAUGUUUCACCGAGAUCUUUGCUGGCAUUGCCAUCAUGUACGGAAGCAUUCUUAUCUGGACCUACAACUGGUACCCCGUCUGCGCCGCGGUGAUCAACUGCAUCCUCAGCUUGGCCUUCUUCUCCGCAUUUGGGGCCUUGAUUGAGUGGGAUUGCCCCGAAAACUGGGUCGGAUGGGAAGAAUUGAUCGGUGAGGGAUACAAGGCCUGCUGGAAGACGACCGAAGCCUUCACCUUCAUUGCCGGCUUUUUCUUCCUGGUCAGCACCAUCUUUGCGGUGAUGACAACAUCCACCACGACUGAGCACCACAUGCACAUGGUGCACAGGAAAGCGAGCGGGACCAGCAGCACCGCUGAAACCCAAGUCUAG